UUUAUGCAGAAGUUGAAGAGCCUUUUCUUUGAAUUUAAGAAUUGUGUGCCUUUAAUACCAAGAUGAGUUUUCAGUUUAAUUUCAACAUGGAAUACCAUGCAGAAAGUGAAUUGACACCCCUUGAAGGUGGAGUUUUGACUCUGGAUCCCUCAAAAGUGUCAUCUACCUCAGAAAGUCAUAAAGGAAAACAGAAGGAGAAGAAACAUCUUAGAGAACUGUCUGACCUGCAUCCGAAGCACUUGGGGGAGUGCAGAUCAAUAGAAAAUGUAACUCCUUCUCAAGAUCCUGAUAGCCUAGUCAGUGUGGCCAAUAGUUCAAAGGACUUGGACCCAGAUGAAAAGUAGCCCUGCCUGGGAGUUGCCAAAGAGCAUGCCAUACCUAAGGAUUUAAAGAAAGUCAUAGAAAUGUUACCAGGUCUUCAGCAUGUUAAAAUAUCAGUAAUGAAAACUAUCUGGUCAAAAGAAAACUUCCCUGGAGAAAACAUAAUUUCCAAAAGCUUUUCUUCUCACUCUGAUCUGAUUACAGGUGUUUAUGAAGGAGGCUUAAAAAUCUGGGAAUGUACGUUUGACCUCCUGGCUUAUUUUACAAAGGCCAAAGUGAAAUUUGCUGAGAAAAAAGUGUUAGAUCUUGGCUGCGGAUCAGGAUUACUGGGUAUAACUGCAUUUAAGGGAGGAGCCAAAGAAAUUCAUUUUCAAGAUUAUAACAGUUUGGUGAUUGAGGAAGUGACUUUACCUAAUGUAGUGGCUAACUGCACUUUGGAACAUGAAGAAAAUGGUGUAAAUGAACCAGAUGCAAAAAGAUGCAGGAAGUCAAAAGUAGUGCAAGAACUGGGUAACUGUCGUUUAUUUUCUGGAGAGUGGUCUGAGUUUUGUCAGCUUAUAUUAAGCAGUGAAAAACUCUUUGUAAAAUAUGAUCUCAUUCUUACCUCGGAAACCAUUUAUAAUCCGGAUUAUUAUACUACUUUGCACCAAACUUUAGUUAGACUGUUGAGUAAAGAUGUACGGGUACUUUUGGCCAGCAAAGCCCAUUAUUUUGGUGUUGGUGGAGGUGUUCAUCUUUUUCAGAAGUUUGUAGAAGAAAAGGAUGUAUUUGAGACUAGGACACUGGAAAUAAUUGAUGAAGGACUAAAGAGGUUUCUAACUGAAAUGACUUUUAAAUAUCGUAGUUAAUAUUCACUGAAUGCCCUAAGAGGAAUAAACUGAAUGACCCAAAA